AUGGAAAGUGUGAAUUUUGCAGGAGAUAAUCCCCAACCUCGUUUUGGUCACACCAUUUGUGUCAUAGCCCCUAAUAAGAUCGCAUUAUUCGGAGGUGCCGUUGGAGAUACAGGAAGGUAUGUAAUCACAGGAGAUGUGUAUAUUGGAGAUAUAAUUUAAAAAAAAUGGAAGCGAGUUGAAGCUAGUGGAAAUGUACCUACGAAUAGAGCAGCACAUCAAGCGUUAGCUAUUGAAUUAAACUAAAUGAUUAUAUUUGGAGGAGCAGUAGGAGGCGGUGGAUUAGCAGAUGACAAUUUAUAUGUAUUUGAAUUAAGAGACGAUACCGGAACUUGGGUCACUGUGCCUGUGAUUGGAACAACACCAGGAAGAAGGUACGGUCAUACAAUGGUGUUAAUAAAGCCUUAUUUGAUAGUAUUUGGUGGGAAUACAGGCUAAGAACCUGUAAAUGAUGUUUGGAGUUUUAAUUUAGAGAAAUCUCCUUAUUCGUGGUAAAAGUUAGAAUGCUCGUCAGAAUAACCUGUUGUGAGAGUAUAUCAUUCUGCGGCUUUGUGUUCAACAGGGUCAGCUAAUGGUAUGAUGGUUGCUUUUGGAGGUCGUACAAGUGAUCAAAGUGCUUUAAAUGAUACUUGGGGUCUCAGAAGACAUCGAGAUGGUAGAUGGGAUUGGGUAAGAGCUCCCUAUAGAUCAUAAACUGAGUAACCAGCUUAACGAUAUUAACACUCAACCUUAUUUUUAGGAACAUUAAUGUUAGUUAUUGGAGGUAGGUCAAAUAAUGUAGGAGAAACAUUGCCUUUUGAAAUCUAUGAUACUGAAACAUCUGAUUGGUAUAAGUUUUAACCAAUUCAGAGAUUCAGACACUCCUCAUGGUUGGUGGAAUAAUUUUUAUAUCUCCAUGGAGGAUUUGAUUCCGAUCAACCAAAUAUUCCUACUGAGGGAAUUCUAAAAAUCGAUUUGAGUAAGAGAUUUGCUUAAACACCUCAAUUAUUAAAGUAAAUGAACACUAUUAAGGCUGAUUAAUCAUUUACAUAAUCAUUUAAUCCUAAGCCUUCUUAGCCUUUAGCAUAAACUUAAGAUUAAUUUAAAAAGACUAAUUAACCAGCAUCAGCUCAACAAAAAAUCUAAAACUAGUAUCAGUAAGUUAGAGUAUCAAGUGCAACUAAUAAAAAUAUUAGAUUGGCUAAUCAGGCAUUAGUGGCUAUGACUUAUGGUCCUGAAGAGGAUAUAACAAAUUAGGUCAAGAAAGUACCAAUAGAUAAAUUACAAGAUGAACAUAAAAAAUUAGGACCAGCAUUUUCAGAUCCUAAUUCUUAAAAUAAAUCCCAAUUUCUAGAUUAGUUAUGUCAACCUUUCAUGCAGAAUCUAUUGAUACCUAAAGAUUAUGCAUAGAUCCCUCCAAAUUCUAAUUUAUUAACAGGCAUUAAGAAGGAAAUGAUAAUUAAAUUAUGUGAUGAAGUUUAGAGGAUUCUAGAAAAAGAACCAAACUUACUAAGACUGAGGAGACCAAUAAAAAUAUAUGGAAAUUUAAAUGGUUAAUAUCUAGAUUUAAUGAGAUUUUUUGAUCACUUUAAAGCUCCAUACGAUAAUCUAUAUAAUGGGGAUAUAGAUUCCUAAGAUUAUUUGUUUUUAGGGGAUUAUGUAGAUAGAGGGUCUAGAUCUUUGGAAAUAAUUCUGCUGUUGUUUACAUUAAAAAUUAAAUAUUCUGAUCAAAUUCAUCUACUCAGAGGACAUCAUGAAGACCCCAUAGUUAAUAAAAUGUUUGGGUUUGCUGAUGAGUGUUUUAUCAAAUUUGCAGAAGAUAUUAUGGAUCCAAACAGCAUUUACUAAAGAAUUAACAGAGUUUUUUAAUAUAUGCCAUUAGCUGCAGUUAUUGAAGACAAAAUCUUUUGCGUUCAUGGUGGAAUAGGGUAAACAAUGAGAACGAUAGACGAGAUUGAAUUAAUAUAAAAACCUUUAGAAAUAGUUCACGAUCCCAAGACUUAUCAAUAAAAAGUAGCAUUGGAACUAUUAUGGUCUGACCCAUGCUUAUAAGAAGAAGAACUAGAAAAUCAACCUAAUCCAGAGAGAGACAUAUUUUAAAAUAAAUAGAUUUUAAGAUUUGGGACAAAUAGAAUUAAUAAAUUUUUAUAAGAGAAUUCCUUAAAUAUGAUUAUAAGAUCACAUGAACCAACAAUGGAAGGAUUUGAAAGAUUAAACAAUAAUGUAAUUACUAUCUUUUCCUGUCCAGAUUAUGGAGGUAAUUAACCUCAAUGCAAAGGAUCUAUUUUGACAAUUUCAAAAAGAGGAGAAAUCAUCCCAAAAGUGAUAUUGCCUGCUGCUCCAAUUCAAGAGCAACGUUGGAUGGACUUGGAAGAGCCCAUUUAGAGAAAAAAGGGAUUUGCUAAAUACUUAGUUAUAGACAACAAUGAAGCUUUGAUAAGAAAACGACCAACUACUCCUCCAAGAUAGAAAAGACCUUCGUCUUAAAAAUAAUUCAAAUGA